AUGGACAGUCCAACAACUAAACAACCAUUUGCAAUGAGACAAAGAGAUUGGCAUGAUGGAUUAUUUGAUUGUACAAAUGAUUGUAAUUCAUGUUGGCUUGUGUUUUGCUGUUAUCCCUGUUACAUGUGCUACAUGUAUCGUCGAUAUGAUGAAUGUUGCGCAGCUCCAUGUUUCAUUCUCUGCCCUGGUCUUACCUUGAGAGCAUAUCAUCGAGCUAAACACAGUAUACAAGUUAUUUCACAAUGACGUAUUGGAACAAAAUCAACCAGUAUUUCAUACAAUAAUUUCAUGGAAAUACGAUCAAAAUUAGUUCUAAAUAACAUGAAAAAGAGACUAUUAAUAUAUGUUACUGACAUUUCUUAAAAAACCUAUUCACAACACACCAGUAGAAGAUUAUACUUGUCUUUAAAAAGUGCUUUGAUUUAAGCAAACCUACAUCUUAUCAAGUGAAUUGUACAAACAAUUAUCAGAUCGUGAAGAAGUUGUUAGGUUAUUCAAAACAUGGACAAUUGGCUUUUCCUUAGAAAUUUGUGCUCAAAAAGUGAUAAUUAAUAUUAACCUGAACUUUGUCCAACCUGUGACACACACGUAAGUAUGCUGAAAGUAUGGAAAUAUAUAUCAAUUUAGGUUGGUAAUCAUCAUCUUCAUCAUCAUUUUGAUUGAUUUUCAGAUUUAAUCAAAAAAUCGAUGUUUUAUUAAGAACCAUUGAGAGUUUCAUUCAUAAUCAGGUUCAAGAAACUAAACCUUUUCAUGUUCACUAUAAGACUGUGAUCUCGGAGGCUAUUCAUACAAGGCAUAAGAAUAAUUGCUUUUCACUAGGACUGUAUGAUAGCCACACUACUAGUAAUUAAGUAGGUUUAAAUAACACUAACCAGUAAUAUUUUAAUGAAUUAUUUGACAUAAUUUCCUAGAGGAGUGGAUUUCAUGCCGAAAUUUCCACUUUUUAUCACUGAGUUCAUCCUAAAAUAUGUACGGAAAUGUAGGAUUAAAUCCAACUGUGUAAAAAUGAGAUUUUUUUCAGUAAAACAUUAACCGGUCACCCAGUAGCAGCAACAAGCAUCC